AGCGUUGAGAACCAUCCCGGUUAUAUACCGCAUACGCUUUAGCGGGUUAUAGCGUUGUUAUUCCAUUUUCCUCACACGGUGUGUGUUCGAAAUGUACAUAAAGUCUAUUGUACUUGAGGGCUUUAAGUCCUACGCCGAGAGGACGGAGAUUAACGGAUUUGAUCAGUUUUUUAACGCCAUCACUGGACUGAACGGCAGUGGAAAGUCAAAUAUAUUGGACUCCAUCUGCUUUCUGCUGGGCAUAUCUAACCUAUCACAGGUUCGUGCAACAAAUCUCCAAGAUCUGGUGUACAAAAAUGGCCUUGCUGGGAUUACUAAGGCCACGGUGUCCAUCACUUUCGACAACUCCAACAAGAAACAGAGUCCACUUGGGUUCGAAACACACGAUGAGAUUACCAUCACACGACAGGUGGUCAUAGGUGGGCGGAAUAAGUACCUCAUCAACGGUGUGAAUGCCAACAAUCUGCGAGUCCAAGAUUUGUUUUGUUCAGUUGGCUUGAAUGUCAACAACCCCCAUUUUCUAAUUAUGCAGGGUAGAAUCACCAAAGUCUUAAACAUGAAGCCUCCUGAGAUUCUGGCCAUGAUUGAGGAGGCAGCAGGUACACGGAUGUACGAGUGCAAGAAGAUUAGCGCACAGAAAACCAUUGAGAAGAAAGAUGCCAAGUUGAAAGAGAUUCAGACCAUCCUGGAUGAGGAGAUCACCCCUGCUAUGGAGAAACUGAAGGAGGAGCGUGCAUCCUACUUGGAGUACCAGAAGCUGAUGCGUGAAAUCGAGCACUUAAGCCGUCUCUAUGUGGCAUAUCUGUUUGUGUGUGCAGAGGAGACGAAGCUGAAGUCUGCUGAAGACCUGCAAGUGAUGCAAAGCUCCAUCACACAGCUGCAGGAGAACAUGAGACAGAACGAGGCCAGAGUGAAAGAACUGAGCGCAGAAAUACAGGAGCUGGAGCGCAGGAGGGACAAGGAGGUCGGGGGAGUGUUGAAGACUCUGGAAGAGACAUUGUCUGAAGCACAGAGAGUGGACACAAAGGCCCAGAGUGCUCUCGACCUUAAGAAGCAAAAUCUGAAAGAUGAGACCAAGAAAAGAAAAGAGCUCAUCAAAAACAUGGAGGAGGAUAAAAAGAUGAUGUCAGCCAAGGAAGUGGAGGUUACGAAGGCAAUGGAGCAGCUGAAGGCAGUGCAGGAAGAGGGUCAGAAUGAUGCAGAAGCGCUGGAGGCGGCCCAACAGCAUUUUAAGGCCGUGUCAGCUGGCCUCUCUGCCAAUGAGGAUGGAGCUGCAGCUACACUUAAUGGGCAGAUGAUGACCUGCAAGAAUGACAUGAGUAAAGCUGAAACUGAGGCCAAACAGGCCCAGAUGAAGCUUAAACAUGCACAACAGGAGCUGAAGACUAAGCAGGCUCAGGUCAAGAAGAUGGACAGUGGCUACAAAAAAGACCAGGACACACAUGAGGCUGUGAAAAAAUGCAUAGAGAAACUGGAGGCUGAAAUAAAGAAACUCAACUAUGAAGAUGGACGGGAGGAAGGUCUGAUGGAGCAGAAGAGGCAGUUUUCACGUGAUGUCAGUCAGCUCAGAGAAACCUACGAGUCUCUCAUGGGCCAAUUUCCCAAUCUGCGAUUUGAAUACAUGGACCCAGAGAGGGGCUGGGACCGCAGUAAAGUGAAAGGUUUGGUGGCAAAUCUCUUCAGUGUGACUGAUGUGUCUAACGCUACAGCUCUGGAGGUGGUAGCCGGUGGUCGACUCUAUAACGUAGUGGUCGACAAUGAGGUGACUGGAAAGAAACUUCUGGAAAAAGGGGAAUUGAAACGCAGAUACACCAUCAUUCCUCUGAACAAAAUUUCAGCACGUACCCUCAAUAACAAUGUAGUGCGCAUUGCCAAAAACCUGGUUGGGCCAGACAAUGUGCACACAGCUCUGUCAUUGGUAGGUUAUGAAUCAGAGCUGAGGAAAGCCAUGGAGUAUGUUUUUGGCACUACACUGGUUUGUGACAGUUUGGAAAAUGCUAAAAAAGUUGCCUUUGACAAGGGUGUGAGCACCAAAACCGUUACGCUUGGAGGAGAUGUGUUUGACCCACAGGGAACAUUGACUGGAGGUGCACGUGCUCAGACAGCGUCUGUCCUGACUAAGCUGGCUGAAGUGAAGGACAUUCAUGACAGUCUGAGGGCAAAAGAGGUUGAACUCGCCACAGUGGAGUCUGAGCUCAACCGCCUCAAGGGAACAGCUGAGAAAUUUCGUCAGCUAAAGCAGCAGUUGGACCUGAAGACUGAGGAGGCUCGGAUCCUGGAGACUAAACUUCAGCAGAGCUCCUUCCACAAACAACAGGAGGAGCUGGAGAACCUGCGCAAAACCAUUGAGGAAUGUGAGGAAACACUAGAAAAGUCAAAAGAGAUAGAGAGGAAAGCAGAGGAGAAGUACAAAGUUCUGGAGAAUAAGAUGAAGAAUGCUUCGGCCGAGAGAGAGAAAGAACUGAAAACAGCCCAGCAGAAACUCAACCAGGCCAAGACCAAAGCAGAUGCCUUCAACAAAAGACUAAAAGAGAAACAGCAGGAGGCAGAUGCAGUAGCUCUGGAGUUAGAGGAGCUUAAGAGAGAACAGGCUGGAUAUGAGCAGCAGAUUCAGGCCGUAGAUGAAGCUCUCAAAGCCAUCCAGGAGCAGAUCGACAACAUGACCACAGAUGUUUCAGCAAAUAAGGAAGCGGUGCGUGUAGCACAGGAGCAGUUGUCCCAGCAGAAGGAGGUGAUUCUAGGACAGGAGAGAGAAAUUAAAGGAAAGACUGGAGAGGCAAACCGUCUCCGUGAACAAAACAAUGACGCCCAGCUGAAAAUCAAAGAGCAGGAACACAACAUCAGCAAACACAAGAAAGACAGUGCUGAUGCCACAGCCAAGGUGGCCCGUAUGUUAGCUGAGAAUGACUGGAUCUCUUCUGAGAAGCAUCUUUUCGGCCAACCAAACACGGCCUACGACUUCAAGACCAACAAUCCCAAAGAGGCCGGACAGAGACUAAAGAGACUCGGGGAGACCAAGGACAAGCUGGAGAGAAACGUCAACCGCAGGGCCAUGAAUAUGCUCAGCGAGGCUGAGGAAAGGUACAAUGAUCUUAAGAAGAAGAAGAGAAUUGUUGAGAACGAUAAAGCCAAAAUUCUGGAAACGAUUGAGGAGUUGGACCAGAAAAAGAAUGAGGCGCUCAAUGUGGCAUGGCAGAAGGUCAAUAAGGAUUUUGGUUCCAUCUUCUCCACUCUGUUGCCUGGGGCAAAUGCCCGUCUGGCUCCGCCCGAGGGGUGUGGUGUCCUGGACGGAUUGGAGUUUAAAGUGGCUCUGGGGAACACCUGGAAAGAGAACCUCACCGAGCUCAGUGGGGGUCAAAGGUCUCUGGUGGCACUCUCUCUGAUUUUGGCCAUGCUGCUGUUCAAACCUGCUCCCAUUUAUAUCCUGGAUGAAGUGGACGCUGCUCUCGAUCUCUCACACACGCAAAAUAUCGGACAAAUGCUGCGCACACACUUUACACACUCACAGUUUGUGGUGGUGUCUCUGAAAGAUGGAAUGUUCACCAAUGCAAACGUACUUUUCAAGACCAAGUUUGUGGAUGGCGUCUCCACUGUGAAUCGCACAGCUCAAACACAUGAGGAAAAAGUUUUGGCCCAGCGUACUCACAACAAAGCCAAGGACAAACGCCAUCGACAGAUGCUGGCCAGCUAGACACACUUUCUAUAUUACUCUCAGUAAUCAGUUGAUGUAUCAGCUGAAAUUAAAAGGUGUAUUUAAACUUUGCAGGGAUAACACACUCACAUUUGUGCAUCUAAUACAUGUCAAACAGCUCUGUAAAUCACUUUUUUUCCAUUACUUAUUUUAAAAAUCGCCUUUACACUCUUUGUACAUUGUAUUUCAAUGUAUUUGUUUGUAGGAUGUACAACAGACCUGUCAUUCUUUUCUUUCUUUUUUUAACUGUUUCUGCUGGCUUGUUUUGUAUAAAUAAAAACGUUUACAAGAUUUUGAUUUAAAUUUAGCCAAACAGCCAUGCCCAAUGUACAUAAAUCAUUUAGGAGAAUUGAGUAAGAAAGUGCUAAUUUUGUCGUUUGAUAUUUUUCCAGUAAAUGUGACCGUUCUAUAUUAGGUAGUGUAUGUCAUGGCAUAUAUUAAAGGUCUAACCUACACUCAUAUAUUGCCUUCUAUGACCUA